AUGGGGUUUGGGAACCUAAGAAUGGUCAAUCCUAGGGAGCUUCACCUUCAUCAUCCCUCCUUCCACUGCGUAGCACGCCUUGGACACUCAUUGGUGCUGGGCCUAGCCAACGGCGACACCUCACGCCGCAAAGAGGUUGAUGAUCGAUGGGCUGGCAAGCUACACGGCCUCCCUCCGCAAGGGUAUGGUUCAUGA